CGCGGCCACAUCGCCCGCGGAAGGUCGCGGCCGUGCGCAACGUGCCACGAUAUUGUCGGUGUUUAGUUGUGCCAUAAACUACUAAAAAAUCUUCGAAAACCACAAAAAUCCAACACCAUGGAUCCUGAAGCGUUCUUGGACCUGGCCAACCAGGUCAUUAAACUCAAAAUGUUCCCAUAUUUCGACAUAGCACAUUCAUUAUUGUGCGCUCUUGCAGUAAGAGAGGAUUUGGGAGCAGGUGCGCAAGCGUUCUCCCGCAAGCACCCGCUAUCUUGCUGGCUGUCUACUAUGCUGAUGAUAUUCGCGGGCGGUAUGGUAGUCAACGGACUACUGGGAGAGCCUAUACUGGCGCCUCUCAAGAACACUCCGCAACUCGUUAUCGGCACUGUCACUUGGUAUAUCGUGUUUUACACGCCCUUCGACGUUGGGUACAAAGUGGCCAAGUUUCUGCCAGUGAAGGUGGUAGCGGCGGCCAUGAAGGAGAUAUACCGCGCCAAGAAGGUAUACGACGGGGUCAGUCAUGCGGGCAAGCUCUACCCCAACGCUUACGUUAUCAUGAUCAUUGUGGGAACACUGAAAGGCAACGGCGCCGGUUUCACCAGACUUCUGGAGCGCCUGAUCAGAGGAGCCUGGACUCCCACAGCCAUGGAAACCAUGCAGCCAAGCUUCUAUACGAAGGCGUCGCUGGUGGCGUCGGUGAUCUUCGUGCUGGAUAAGAAAACGGACUUGAUCUCGGCGCCACACGCGCUCGUCUACUUCGGCAUCGUCAUCUUCUUCGUAUACUUUAAGUUAUCGUCCAUACUGUUGGGCAUCCACGAUCCAUUUGUGCCGUUCGAGAAUCUGUUCUGCGCAUUAUUUCUGGGCGGCAUCUGGGACUCACUCGCCAAGCUACUGGGCAAGGGACAGCCCAAGGAGGAGACUAAAGACACUAAAAAGACUAAUUAGUUACGGAUUCCACGCAAUCCUUCAUCAGCUUCUUCCUCAACUGACACCGACAAUACAAAUUGCGACGGCUCCUUUAUAGAAGCAUAAUAAAAUGAAUGAAUAAUAAUUAUUAAAAAAUAACCAAAAAAAUAGUAAAACCCUGAAAUCCUAAAAAAAUGGC